UCGGCCACACCAAGGAGUAUGGUGCAUGGUAUUUAUCGCAAGUCCUAUCCCAAACCAACAAAGCCGAUCAACUAUUGCAAGUCGCAGCUCUGCCCAGGGAAAGUACGUCACCUGACCUGUGAUUCGAAACACAACAUCGAAGUGGGCCCUGAACUAUCACAUGGAGCCGUUCAGAACUGGCUCUGGAAAUCAUUCAGUACGAAUAUCUGGAGAGAGCGGCACAACACAGAGAACGGCAGCAAAUAUCGAAAGCACAGGGAACAUAAAAUGAAUCCAACUAUUAACAAUCCACGUUCCCCAUUCACCCGCUCGCGGUGUAUUUUCAGAUCCAUGGGAUCCUUCGUCUUUACCGACCAGCAGCAGCAGCAGCAGCAGCAGCCGGGGCUGGAGGUCCCCCCCGAAGGUUCCGCCGACAAGAAUGGACUCAAUGCGAUGCCCUUCCUAGGCCAAAUCCACACCAGUCCUCUGCUGUCCCGCCCAAUGGGUCCAAUAGGUCACUCUCACCCCACCACCUUCCCUCCGAUGGGGGAUUCAGAUGGAUUCAAUGCUGUGCCACAGAUGGCUUCGAUGGGACCACCACCCGUGUUGAGCUCCCUCUGGACAGGCGGCGCUUCACCGGACAGCCGCGGAGACUACUACGACGACCCCUACGAAGAGUACUCCGACUGUCGCUACGAGGGCGACUACGAGGGCGACUACUCGAUGCCCACCGAGGAGGACCAAGAGGAGGAGUCGUGCUCCUGUCAGAGCCAGACCUGUCAGAGCCAGAGCGAGUUCAGGUCGAUAGAGCGCACCGAGUCGGACUCGGAGUGGGGGGAGCUCUCCGACGGCCCUCCCCCAGGGUCUCCCCGCUGGAGUCCCUCGGCGCAGUCGUGCUCUCCACAAUGCAGCCGGAGCACCGUCAGCGCAUGGUGGCCUUGUACCACCUCGUCUUGGAGACCGCUGUGGUCAAGGUCGUGCUGCUGGUGUUGCAACUGCUGUGCUGCGCGGUGUUCUGGCUGGUCGAGAAGACCGUGGGCUUCAACGAAACCGUCGGCUCGAAGCGCCACCGAUUGUGGAACAGCAAGUUCAAGCUGCGCCCCAUCCAGCGCCAGUUGCUGUGGCGCAUGGCCAAUGCCCGGGGCGACGAGACGCUCGUCUUCUUUGCCGUGCUAAUGACCACGCCCUGGCUGUUCUCCCUCAGCCGCCUGGGAUUCAUCCUGUCCCUGGCGGCGCUCCUGAAGAAGACCGUCGAGCAGCUGGUGUUCCAGAUAC